GGAAGGCGACCUGAAGUCUGGUGGUGAAGGCUCCGUGUGUAACCCACACACCUCCUGGGUGUGGUGUCCUGUCCUGUCAAGUGGCACCAAGACCACUUAAUGAGAGAGAGAUCAAAUGUGUCUGUGCUGGAACCAGCUAGAGCGAAUGGCCCAGGAUAGAGGACUCUGGAGAUCUGUGGUUGGCGGCUCAUACCCCGAUUGGGGUGACGGGCGUGAGUGAGAGAGUACUGCAGCCUUUUAGCUCAUGCGGUAGAGAUUCAUGCAGCUUCUCCGAGGAAGAGGAGACACAGGAAGAAAAAGAAGAAACCAAAAGCUGCCCUGUGCACCUGGAGAAGCUCCCCUUGGCUCAGCGCCUCAGGCUCGUUGAGAGGAGGCUACAGGACGUGGCCAGACACCUGGAUGAAGUUCUGAUACCGCCGAGUGUGUCGACAUCUGGGAUGAGCCAAUUCUCCUAUUCCUCCAUGGAAUCCACCACCUCUCCCCUCUGGAGUCCCAGCUCCUUUUCCCUGAGAGAAGCCUCAGUGACUUGGUCAGAGCCCCUCUGCCACACAAGGGAUACCAUGACUGUCGCAAGCUGGGAAGGAUCCACUCAUCCCAUCUAAGCCCAGCCUCUCCCCAGGCCCCCUGCCCACAGCAGACGAGACCGGCGAGAGCAGAACAUAGGUCUGGACCAGAUGUCAGCCCAUGGUUCAGACUUCAACAUCCAACAGAAGCAUCUACAGAGCCAACUGGGGGCUCCACAAACCCCCAUCCCGGGGGAGCCAUUGCUGGGCGAGCAGGACGCCAAGCAGCAAUGGGAAUUCAACACAGAUCGGCCCAAAUGUGGAUUUCCAGCAAAGGUCCCAAAGCCCCUGAGAUCCGACACCAGGCCUCAGCAUGCACAGGAGAUCCAGGAGCCAUGUGUCUGCCCCUGGGGAGCCCUGCCCCAAAAGGCCCACAGGAUCAUGGCAUCCCCUGAUGCCAUCCUGGCCAGGCUUGUGCCCACGGCGGGGGUCAAGCUGCAGGAUCACGUGACUCAGAAAUGCUUGGAGAUCCAAAUGAAGGAUUUUCCUAAGAUCGUGAGAGAGUCGCACAGAGAUGCUCCCCUCCAGACAGAGACUGCCCUGCCUGGGCCACUCCGCCCCCCUAGAGUGCCAGGCAAGCACAGGACAGCGGCAUUCCCAACAAUGGGACAACAGCCUGCCCACCCCAUCGAACUCCACAUAAGGCGUGAGCAUCUCAUCAUGCAGAGGGGGCUGCUCACCCUGGAUCCAGAGCCCCCGGCAGAGCUGCCUCACGCCGUCCAAGCCAGGGGAGCCAGUGUGGAGUUCAGUGAGAUGGAGACUGAUUUCCUGCAGACAGGGAGGCAAAGCACAAGCUCCUCUUCUUCCACACGUCCUCCAACGCCAGUGGAAGAUACCACCAUGGAGACGGGCAGACUAACCCAGAUUGCUGCACUCUGCCAGCAGGGAUGGAUCUGACAUCGCCACCUCCAGGAACCACAGUAGCAGAGAAGACACUCGAAGCGACACUCCAGAUUUAUAGGAGCGAGUUGAGAAAGCCCCUUACCAUUGUGUGUGACAGCAAAGGGACUGAAGAGAAGCUGGAGCUGCACAUGGAGAGGAGGGUUACUUUGGGAGAAGACUCCUGCCUGGGGCCAGUGGCACAGGCAGGUGAGGGCAGGGCAGAUCUUCCCAGGACCCAAUGCCACCAGGUUGCCCCAGAGGCCCCAGGCUCUGAGCCGCUAACAAGAUCCACCCUUGACUCUCUGAUUGCUGGGCAGGCUUCACACGACCUGCAGAUCAAGCACCUGACGGAACUGUUGAGCACCUCCUGCCCCUUGGUGGCCCAGGUCUCAGUUUGCCAGCAGUGCCGCAAGGCACAUCCAGGAAAGAUGAAGGGUAAGAAGGAGACAUCUGCUGAGCUGCAUGGUCUUCGAGACAUCAUGGAUUCACAUGGGUUCGAUGGAACUGUGAAUUCAAAGCUCUCCAGGGACCAGCCGCCAAUCAAAAUCUGCAAGAAGUGCAGUAAACUUCGAUGGAAGAGACCAGCUGGCUCUGUAGGUGCUGACUUGCCCAGAAGAUCCCAUGGAAUUCCACAGCGAUGGACUCCAGGAGACUCCUCAGCAUCUGACAUCAACCACAGCAAGAUGGCAGUGCUGUGGCUCCUUCCGGCAGACAAGAGCAAGGCGCAGGAUGGCAUGGGGAAAACGGCUCCCACCAGGCAACCAAAGAUGGUGUCCGUUGCUACGAGUACAACAGAGCUUUUGCAAGCUGGGGAGAAAGCAACUGGGAGACCUGACGGUUCUCCCCCAAAGUCACCAAAGGCCUCCAGAGCUAGGACACCAUCUCCUUCAAGGAGCAAAGUUCUCAAGCAGAGGUUAAUGUGCCUCAAGCAAAUCUUCAGCAAGCUUCAAAACAAAGUGAAGUCCCGAAUGUUCAAGGACUCUCAUUCCAGAACACCUGACACUAAAUUUAUAAAGCCACCCUAUUGGAAGGCAAGGGCCUCCAAGGGUGUCCGGUUUCCAUCCUACUGAAUCCCACCCUGCCAGCAUGCCCAACUAACAGAAGGGGCCCACAAAUUCCAACCUCUCCCUAUCAUCCAGUGGGUCUGGUAAGCGUGGGCUAAAGUGGCUGAGAAGAAUGGCUUGUUGUCCUGGGACACAGAGACGGAUGUAUAAGAGACUCUCCUUGGGGUAUCACAUUUAAACCCAGAUUCCAAGAUGAAGGGGGGCCUGGGGGCUUGGAUGAGAUUGAGGGUGUGGCUAGCUCAGUGGAUUUGUUACUUUACCUCAUGCGGUUCAAGAAUCAAUCCUUCCUUCAAGAAGAGCUGAUACUAAAUUCACAAAGCCCCCCUUUUGGAAGGCAAGGGCCUCUAAGUGUGUCCAGUAGUACUAUUAGGGCCAUACCGUCAAUCAAACCCAAACCAGCCCCAUGACCCCUAAAACCCCGACCCUCGACCCCUUAAGCCCCACCCGCCUCUCAGCAGCAGCCCCACCCAUGGGGGUAUUACUUCCGGGGUCAAGGUGGACACAUGACUGGAAGCAAAGUGUGUCAUGUGACCCCUCUAAGAACUCCUCUCGCUGCCCUCUACCAAUCAGGAGGGGUUUCGCCCCCAUAGGCCUGCCCCAAGAGUUGAUUUGACCAAUCAGGGGUGUUCCAGGGUCGGGGGACCCAUCCAGAUGUGGCUCGUGUGAUCCCUCUAAGAACUCCUCCCAAUGCUCUCUACCAAUCGCGAUGGGUUUCGGCCACAUAGGACCACCCCCAGAGCAGAUUUGACCAAUCGGUGGUGUUCCAGGGCGGGGUGACCCGCCCAGAUUAGGGCCGUGUCACCCUUCUGAGAACUCCUCCCAGCGCCCUCUGCCAAUCAGAGUGCAACACUAUCACCCCAUAAAUCCUAGCGCCGGGGCAGAAGAGGCCAUCUUUUACCAAGGAUGUGUGCUUUAGAAAUCAUGGAAACAUGGACUCCUUCACCACCCCUGUGAGCACUUUGGACUUUGUUUUAGCCCCGAGGGCCUUUGGACUUGUGUGGAGAAAGCGCUACCUCAGCGACAGUCCCCACGAGGGCUCUUUGACUCAGCCGUUGAUGGAUACGCCGGAACCCGAAACCCAAACUCUCGUGAGGCACCCCAAUGAGCAUGAAGGCCUCUCAUUGUUCGCCCCACUAGAGGUGGAAGGCGAACACAGCUCGGUUGAGUCAUCGGAGGACAAGGUGAAUGGAAAAGACAUUGCUCAGCUUGAUGAUGCCUUUCUAGAGGACCCGCAGGCCCUGGACAGCGUUACAUCAAGCAGCGAAGAUGAACCGGGCUCUCCUUGUUUUUGCUCAAUGCCGAUACAAAUUGUUGAAGAGGACUCCGAGGAUGACAGCUAUGAGGAGUUUAGGAGGCUUGGCAUGGAACUAACUGAGCCAGUGCCACGUCGUGAGCAUAAAAAAGUCAUGCGGUCUAUUGUAUGUGUUGCUGUUUAUGCUGUCCUUAAUCACUGCCUUAGGGAAAAGCUUUUUGAAGAUUGUGAGGGCUGUGUCAUAGAUGUGCCAGCCCAACGGUGCCAUGACUGUGUGAGUUGGACUUCAAUAGAUAUAAACUGCAAGCUCUCGGGCCUGUGUGCUGAGCUGUAUUUGGAAAGAUUAUUAAACACUGUUCUUGCCAUAGAUUUUGCUAUGCAAUGUCUGUGCCUAACCCAAAAACAUUUAGCGUAAGGGGUGACCUUGAUAAAUGCUGUGCAAUUUAGUGCAGACCCUGACCGUGUUUUAAAGAAAAUGACCAAACCGGAAGAUGCCUGUGUCACAUUAUUGACUUGAACUGGGACCGUAUAGAACAUGGUUGCAACCAAGGUCCUGUAGUGGCACCAAAUGUUAGGUAAAGG